AUGAGCUCCAGGCCGCAUUUCCCUCGCAGUCUGUGGCCUCGCUGCGGCGUGUUGGAGACUUCAUUGAUGAAAGGUCUUCAGAAAUCAGCGAGAGGUGUUGGGAGGAAAAUGUCUACAGCCUGGAGGAAUGCUGAUGCUGACACCACCUGGGGCGCACUGGGCGGAAAACUGCAGGGCAAGGAUGCGCGGCAAGCCUUGCGAAAUUGCAUUCACGAGAAGAAUGCACAGGAGCCCGAGGCUGUGUCUUUCCUGUACAACCUCUUAUCCUUCAAAGGUUGCAACAGCAAAGGCGCAGACUCCCAGUAUCGCGUCCGCGGAGGAACGCAAGCCAUUCCCCUGCGCAUUGCGGCGCAGCUCGGGGAUGUCUUGCUCUUUGGCGAGCAGGUGACCUCUAUCAAGUCCGACGGAGAAGGUGUGGAGAUCCAGGUGCGGAGUGGAAAGUCCUUUCGAGCACGAAUGGCAAUCCUCACAGGACCGCCUCCAGCAGUACUAGGAAUUAGCUUCGAUCCACCCUUGCGCGGCGCUGAUGCUCAGUGGCUGCAAAGGAUGCCUAUGGGGACGUCUCUGAAGUUGGCUGCUGUGUACAAGGAAGGGCCGUGGUGGAGGGAGCUGGGCCUGCAAGGGGAGAUCCUGUCUACGCGACUGCCUCCAGAGCUCUCUCUCCCGGCCCCAGAUGCCGACCUGCCGCUGUUUGUCCAAUGCAUGGAUCACUCACCCUACUCCAGACGAAUUGGCGUCAUUGUGUGUUUCGUUGAGGGCAGACAGAACCUCCACUUCAUGCAGCUGACCCGUGAGGAGCAGCAGGAGAGAUUGCUGGAGUUCUUAGCCAUGAGCUUCAACCGCACUGAGGCCAUAACGCUGAAACCCAGCUUCGUGGCGCACAACUGGGCAGAUCAGCCAUUUGCUCGAGGGGCUUACACCGGCUUUUUUGCACCUGGUGUCAUGUCAGUUCCAUCGUUCUGGACAGCCUUCCAAGAGAUGGAAAAGAUUCCGAAUGUGUUUCUGGCAGGCUCCGACUACCAUAUCGGCUUCGGAAACGGAUACAUCGAGGGAGCGCUUCGAGACGGACAGCGGGCUGCCCUUCGAGCAGCCAAGCGCCUGAGGCUUCAGCGUGAAUCCUUUACGAUCUGA